CUACCUAAAGUAAAUCAGGGUGUUUUUUCUGUGGUUUGUUGUUUGUACAAAGUUUGAAAUACAGGUUUAUUUGAAUAUUAAAUUAAAAAAUUUUCCACAAAUUUUAAAAUGUCGAAUACAGAUGAUCAGAAGAAUGAAAUCCAAGAAUUCAAAUUAGAGGUUGACCAAGAACUCCGUUUCGAAGUGGAGUCGAAGUCGGCGAAAGUAUAUCUCAGUCUUCGUUCCGGCCAAGCUGAGGUUUUUGGAACAGAAAUUGUAAAAGGAAAGUUAUAUGAAUUCACAGCAGGAGCAAAAGUUGCAGUGUUUACUUGGUUUGGAUGUACCCUGGAAGUUCGAGGUCAAACUGAUGUAAUUUACGUGGCCAAAGAAACCCCCAUGGUGGUAUAUUCUAAUUGUCAUGCAGCCUUGGAAAAUAUGAGAAUGGAAGCUGAAAAAGAAAAUGCCAAGGGACCAACCACGAUGGUUGUGGGUCCUUGUGAUGUGGGAAAAUCAACACUCUGUAGGAUUUUAUUGAAUUAUGCUGUACGAGAAGGUAGGAGGCCCAUACUUGUUGACUUGGAUGUUGGACAAGGUUCUAUAGGUGUGCCGGGAAGUAUAGGAGCCUUAUUAAUAGAAAGACCAGCUUCAAUAGAUGAGGGUUUUGCUCAAGAAGCUCCUUUAGUUUUUAACUAUGGACAUAAAAGUGCGGAAAGGAAUACUGCCUUGAUGUCAAUUCUUAUCACACAAUUAGCUUCUGCAGUUAAAGAAAAAUUAGAAGUGAAUAAAAGAGCUAGAACUGCAGGUGUUAUUAUUAAUACUUGUGGAUGGGUGAAAAAUGAGGGGUACAAAUUAAUUCUGAAUAAUGCAAAAGUGUUUGAGGUAGAUGUGGUUUUAGUUCUGGAUCAAGAAAGACUGUAUAAUGAAUUAGUUCGGGACUUGCCAGAUUUUGUGAAAGUAAUUUUCCUUCAGAAAAGUGGGGGAGUGGUUGAAAGAUCAAAAAGUGUGAGAGCAGAUUCAAGAAACCAAAGAAUUCGGGAGUACUUUUAUGGAACACCUAAAAAUUCCUUGUAUCCUCAUUCUUUUGAAAUUAAGUGGUCUGAAUUGAAAAUUUAUAGAAUCGGAGCUCCACCUUUACCAGAUUCAUGUUUGCCGUUAGGGAUGAAACCAAAAGAUCACAUGACAAAAUUAGUUCUUCUGACCCCCAACCCAGGGCUAUUACAUCAUUUACUGUCUGUCAGUUUUUGUGAUUCAGAAGAGGAAGAGGAGAUAAUAAAGACUCAGGUUGCUGGUUUUGUAUGUGUUACAAAUGUCGAUAUGGAUAGACAAACAAUCACCUUACUUUCUCCUCAACCUAAACCGCUACCAAAUAAUGUACUUUUAUUAUCCGAAUUACAAUUUAUGGACAGCCAUUAGUUUUUAUUGUGAUGAAUUGUUACUUGACGAUAAUGUGAUAUCGUAAGGGCAAUCUUUUAGAUUGGGAAUUUAUUGAAAUAAUUGGAUUGUAAUGAUUUAUUUAAAUUGUACAUUAAAUUUAUUGUAUAUAAAUUAAAAAAUUUAUUCUCUGCAUUUUUUCCUUGGAUUGGAAUAUUUGCUAAAAUAAAAAGAUUGUCACUCAA